AUGAGUGAUCUCCAUGAAAAUAACAUUAGUGACGUCAGCUGUGCUGACGUCACACUUUUUAAAAACAACAAGCAGCUCGGUCCUCCGUCAUCAGAAGUGGGAUAUCAAGGGAUCCCUACGCAAGCCACUUCCUCAUCAGCUCGUUUACCACCUGAGCAACAGGAACAAGCCAACAACCAGCAUGAAGAGCCUGUGCUGGUUACCAAUACGCCAAUGGAAGCCAUACUACAAUCAAGAACAAAUACCUACCCAGAUCAAGGAAUGCCGAUGAAUGGAAUACCACCACAAUUCCUUAUGCAAAUGAUGGAGAUGAUGCAGAAAAUGUCAGAACGUUUGUGCGCUCCACCUACUGAAUCAAAAAUAAGGAUCAAAGACAUUUAUUUGCCAUCAUUUGACCCGGAUACCCACAUCGGAGUACGAGAAUGGUGUCAGCAUAUAGACCAAGCCAUUGAAGCUUAUAAGCUGAGUGACUUUGACGUUCGUAUGAAAGUAUGCAGCCUAUUGAAGGGACGUGCGAAAAUGUGGAUCGAUGAUUGGAUGGUGACCACUAGUACAUGGGAACAGUUGCGGAAGAACAUCAUCACUACAUUUGAACCUGAGAACAGAUACUCCCGCGACAUCGUUAUGUUCAGGGAACAUGUUUACGAUUCGUCAAAGGAUAUUGCAGAGUUCUUAUCACGGUCAUGGAUCUUAUGGAGAAGGGUCACCAAGGAUAAGUUGGGAGACGAGCACGCUGUGGAGGCAGUGAUUGGAUGUGUUAAUGACGAGCGUUUGCGCAUCGAAUUACUGAACGCCAGAGCAACCACUGUGCCGGAAUUGAUUUCAGUGGCUACAUCUAUACGGAAGAAGCGUUCUCAUGUAAACGUAAGUUCUACAGUACCUAACAAACGUCCACGAUUUGCGGACAAUCAACAAUCAACAUCAAGCUGCCGUAUAUGUAAGAAGACAAACCACUCAACCAACGAUUGCAGAUUUAAACCUUCGGAGGCUAAACCCGAAGCUGGCAACAAGGAUGAUAAAACACAAACCAUACCUACUUGUACUUAUUGCAAGAAACCAGGCCAUACAUAUGAAACUUGCUUCAAAAGGGGACGAUCGUUAACUUCAAACGUUAACUACGUAGCAAGCAAUAAGCUGGCUCCUAUCUCCAUCAAAAUAGGAGAAAAGAUAUUGCAAGCUGUGUUCGAUAGUGGAGCAGAAUGCUCAAUCAUGCGAGAAUCGAUUGCUAUAGCUUUACCUGGUCAAAGGAGCUCAGCAGUCAACUAUUUAAAAGGGAUUGGACAAUUUCCAGCACUAUCUUUAACUAAGCUUACGACCGUAUGCGUUAUAGACACCAUCAGUAUUGAGCUAGAGUUUUAUGUAUUACCUGACUAUGAAAUGUCAACAGAUAUCCUAGUGGGUAUGAACCUGAUUCAUGAUACUAACCUAAAUAUGAUAAUUACAACGAACGGGACGAAAUUAGUUCGUAACCCACUUGUCAAUCAUGUUAGUACGAAUUCCCCUAUCUUCAAUAAUUUGGACUGUGAUUUGACCAGCAAAGAUGAAAUCGCGCAACUACGUGGACUCCUGAAUAAAUACGAGCAUUUAUUUAUUCGUGGAUAUCCUAAAACUCGGGUUAACACCGGUGCGUUGGAGAUCAGACUGAAAAACCCGGAUAAAUUCGUAGAAAGAAGACCAUAUCGUCUUAGUCCAGUGGAAAGAGAGAAGGUUCGUAAUAUAAUUCAAGAGUUAAUGGAACAUAACAUCAUACGUGAAAGCAAGUCACCCUAUUCAAGCCCUGUUAUCUUAGUCAAGAAGAAGAAUGGUGAUGAUAGACUCUGCGUUGACUUUCGAGAACUCAACUCGAACACUCUGCGUGAUCAUUACCCACUUCCGUUGAUUUCAGACCAGAUCGACCAGCUAGCAAAUGGUCAUUUUUACACAAGCCUUGAUAUGGCAGCUGGUUUUCACCAGAUCCCUAUCGCUGAGACUUCUAUAGAGAAGACCGCCUUCGUCACUCCAAAUGGGCUAUAUGAAUACCUAACCAUGCCGUUCGGUUUGAGUAAUGCUUGUGCUGUUUACCAACGAUGCAUCAACAGAGCUCUGACGUCAUUGCUGGGAACAGCUGCACAGGUCUAUGUGGAUGACGUGCUGAGUAAAUGCGCAGAUUUUCCAGAAGGAAUAUCACACCUAGAGCGGAUUCUCAUAGCACUACAAGAUGCUGGAUUUUCCAUCAACGUCGAGAAGUGCAGUUUCUUCAAACGAUCUAUUGAAUACCUCGGAAAUGUAGUUUCUGAUGGACAAGUACGACCAAGCCCACGUAAAGUGGAGGCCCUUGUGAAAGCUCCGGUACCUAAGAAUGUCAAGCAGGUGAGACAGUUCAAUGGGCUGGCAGGAUACUUUAGGAAAUAUAUUCCUGACUUCUCACGUAUAAUGCUAUCGUUGUACGAACUGACAAAACAAGGUGCAAAAUGGACAUGGACAGACAACCACGAGAAAGCACGUAACACAAUCAUCGAAUGCUUAACGUCCGCACCAGUACUGACAUUAUUCCAGGAAGAAAAACCUAUACAGCUAUAUACGGAUGCUAGCAGUCUUGGAUAUGGUGCAGUACUAGUACAGGUGAUUGAGGGGCGCCAACAUGCGGUUGCCUAUAUGAGUAUGAGGACCACUGAAGCAGAAAGCCGCUACCACUCAUAUGAGUUGGAAACGUUAGCAGUGGUGCGUGCUAUAAAACACUUUCGCCAGUACUUAUAUGGGCGAAAAUUCACGGUGAUAACAGACUGCAAUGCAUUAAAAGCGUCCAAGCACAAGAAGGACCUUCUACCGAGGAUUCAUCGUUGGUGGGCAUUCUUGCAAAACUACGACUUUGAGGUAGAGUACCGCAAAGGUGAACGUCUCCAACAUGCCGACUUUUUCAGCAGGAAUCCAACUGAGUUUGCAGUCAAUAUUAUGACAAGAGACUUGAACUGGCUCAAAAUUGAACAACGACGGGAUGAUGACCUGCGACCUAUAAUCGAUAACCUUAGUAAGGGUAACCCAGUAGAGAACUAUGUCUUGGAGGAUAACGUCUUGAAGAAACAAUUAAACGAUCCUGUUUUUGGUCAACAACUUAGCACAGUUGUCCCCAAGGCCUUCCAAUGGAGUAUUAUCAACUCUUUUCACACCGCACUGAAACAUCCCGGCUGGGAAAAAACAUUACAAAAGAUCAGAGAAACUUAUUGGUUCAACAAAGUAAGUUCUACUGUCCGAAGAUUUGUAGACAAUUGUGUAAUAUGCCGAACAUCCAAAGGAAGAUCUGGUACUAUACAAGCCCAAUUACACCCAAUACAAAAACCAGUGGCUGCUUUCCAAGUUAUUCAUAUGGAUAUAACUGGAAAGCUAGGCACUCCAGAAGAUCAGCAGUACGUCAUAGUUACCAUUGACGCUUUCUCGAAGUACGUUCUGUUCUACUUCUCCAGCAACAAGAACCCACACAGUACAUUAGCUGCUCUGAAACGCACAGUACAUCUAUUCGGUACACCUAUUCAAGUAAUAGUUGAUGGAGGAAGGGAGUUCCUAGGCGAGUUCAAAGACUAUUGCGACCACACUGGAAUAAAUAUUCACGCCAUAGCUCCAGGAGUUAGCCGAGCGAAUGGUCAAGUAGAAAGGGUUAUUGCAACUCUCAAAAAUGCAUUGGUGAUGAUUAAAAACUACGAAGCAGAGCAGUGGCACACUACGCUUGAGGAACUGCAAUUAGCAAUGAACUGUACAACUCAUCGUGUCACUGGCGUAGCUCCAUUGACACUUAUUACACAACGAAAGCAUUGUGUACCGCCCGAGCUUCUCAGCUUGGUGAAUAUCGACAACGAGACCGUAGAUAUCGAAGCACUUACUCAACAGGUACAACAGAAAAUGUCUCAUUCAGGCGAACAAGACAGACAAAAUUCAAUCGACAUAAGGCCAAAAUCCAUCACUUCCAACGAGGAGACUACGUGUUGA